AUGUAACAAUAUUAAGUUGGAAGAAGGAAUCCCUCAUGUAAAUUUAAUCCUUACAAAAUUAGAACCACCAUAGUAAUCUUUAAAAUGCAAUCAAUAUCAAUCAAGAUCACCUUUUUCAAGCAUUGAAAAUACCUAAAAUACAUAAAUGCCACCUAAUAAGUUUCAUCACAAAGCAAGCACUGACAUUGAUACUAUCAAUAAAACCACUUCCAUUGCAACCAAUCCAUAUUACAAUUAAUAUCUGAAAAGAGCAUCUAAUUCGAGUCAUCAAGAAAAACCUCCUGUAAAUUAUUUACUUAUUCUAUAGUCAUUAUAAUACAGUAAUUCUAAAUCCAAUUUAAAUCCUAACUAAUCACAUGAUUACUCAAUCUAAUUUAAAGUUGGAGGUAAAAAUGAUAAAAAAAACGAUUCAAUUAAUGAGACACAAUUAUCUUAAUUCGUUAAUCCCACCAAACAAUUCGUAUGCAUGAGUCCUGCUUAAAAUCGGGAUAACUCCAUCAUUUUUCAAUCUCCAAAGCAAAUCCAAUAGCCAACUGUUGUUCAAUCCCCUCAACCUUAUAAUCUGAUAAAUACUCCCAUUUACUAUAAUAAUAAUAAAGGAUCAUAAUCAUAAUUGAAGCCAAUCAAUUACAACAAUCCAAAUUUAAUUAAUGAGUUAAAAUAAUUACAAGAUUCUAAUAAUCUAUUGUAAUAGACUAUUUAAUAAAGGGAAAGUGAAGUACAAAGAGGGCAAUCAUCAUAAUUUAUUUAAGAAUUAGAAUAAAAAAUUAAUUUAUUGUAAUAGCUAAACGACAAAUUGUAAUUAGAAAAUUAAUCUCUAAUUGAAUAAACUGAUGUUUCAAGAAUGAAGGAUAAUUUAGAAAAAAUUUAGUAAAAUCGUAAACAAACAUCGCAAUAACUUUAGAAUAUCAAAUCAGAAUAAUAGUAAUACCAAUUUAAAUGUGAUGAAUUACAANAUUAUUUGGUAUAUUUGAUUUAUUAAAUCUUACCCUUAGGUACAUUUAUUUUAAUAAUAUUUUGUCUUUUUCCAUCUAUUAUAUUUUUAUCUUCUGAACUACUUAACUUGUGA